AUGGAAGUCAGCAGUCACGAGCAAGAAACACAUACUGUUUCAACACGGCCUUUAAAAGGAAACCCUUGCCUAGCCUUGGCGGCUGAUGCGGGAAUUGUUACCGCGAAUGGGCUUCCUGAUAGAUGGACGGAGAGGAACACGAAAAGAUAUAAGGAUCGAAGGUGGAGUACCGUUCCCCCCAUCUAUUACGCCGGCUCCUACCCCUUCUCCUUCUCCAUCAUGUCCCGUCUUCAGCUGCGGCCAAUGCCCAACGGGUUUGAUACAGACGAUCACUAG